CCUCGCCGCCGCGAUCGCCUCCCGCAAAGCCGCACCAACCCCACCAACGCUCGACCUCCAUAUCCCCCGAUGCUCCCUUUUUAAUCCGCCCCCGCCCGCGGCAGGAUUUCCCCUUGCUAAUUGUGGUAUACUGUAGCGCUCCGCAGCUAAUCGCGCUCCAUCGAGCUCCAGCCGGGUCGCCCUCCUGCGCUGUUGCUUCUGCCGCCGCAGCUCGGCUGGCUAUAAGUCUGCCCCCUUUUUCCCCACCCUGCGCCGCUCGGUGCUCGCCUCGCGUGUUCCUGUGGUGCCAAAGCUCCGGGCUUUGCAGACCUGGUGCGGAAUUCCGGUGGAAUUUGGGGGGAGAGGAGGGUGCUGCCUGCCGGGGUGGGGAUGGAGAUGCCGGGAGGGAGCGGGGGCCCGGCGCUGGCGCGGCAGGGCUCGAUCUACUCGCUCACGUUCGACGAGUUCCAGAGCGCGCUCGGCGGCGCCGGCAAGGACUUCGGGUCCAUGAACAUGGACGAGCUGCUGCGCAACAUCUGGACGGCCGAGGAGUCCAACGCCAUGGCCGCCGCCGCCGCGCCAACCGCGGCCGUGGACGCGCACGCCCAGCAGCAGCAGCAGCAGCCGGGGGCGCCCAUCCAGCGCCAGGGCUCCUUCACGCUGCCCCGCACGCUCAGCCAGAAGACGGUCGACGAGGUCUGGCGCGAGAUCGUCGGCCUCACCGGCGGGGAGGACGUCCAGCCGGUCCCGCCCCCCGCGCCCGCCGCCGCCGCCGCCGCGGCCCCCGCGCCGAUGCAGGCGCAGGCGCAGGCGCAGGCGCAGCGGCAGCCGACGCUGGGGUCCAUGACGCUGGAGGAGUUCCUGGUGCGCGCCGGCGUCGUGCGGGAGGACAUGGCGCAGCAGACCCUCGUGCUGCCGCCGCACGCGCAGGCUUUCUUCUCCCAGGGCAAUGCGGUCGCGCCGCAGACCUUGCAGCUGGGGAACGGGAUGGUCGCCGGGGUCGUCGGGCAGGGGCUCGGGGGAGCGAUGACGGUGGCUGCGCCGACGACGCCCGUCGUGCUCAACGGGAUGGGGAAGGUGGAGGCCGGGGAUCUGUCGUCGCUCUCGCCGGUGCCGUACCCCUUCGACACCGCGCUCAGGGUGAGGAAGGGACCCACCGUCGAGAAGGUGGUGGAGAGGAGGCAGAGGCGCAUGAUCAAGAACAGGGAGUCGGCCGCCAGGUCGCGUGCCAGGAAGCAGGCUUACAUAAUGGAGUUGGAGGCUGAGGUGGCAAAACUGAAGGAGCAGAAUGACGAAUUGCAGAAAAAGCAGGUUGAAAUGCUCAAGAAGCAAAAAGAUGAGGUCCUGGAGCGAAUCAGCAACCAACUUGGACCAAAGGCAAAGAAACUUUGCCUGCGUCGUACCCUGACCGGCCCAUGGUAGCCUGCUGAAGCUCGCACAUCAUUGACCAAACUUAAGAUCGUCGGCUUCUUUAGAUGUGACCCGUGUGUAUAUAUCAGAUGAAGUCAAAAUCUCCAGUUCCCCCCUUAGACUGCCGCUGUUUCAGAGCUACCGUUCACCUUGUUAUGUGAUCGUUCGGUCCGUGGGUAGACUGCCUGUGACAGUUACUGCUCAGGUUCAGCUGCGCAAUCCUCAGAUGAACAAUGAAGCAUACCAUCUAAUCUGUUUAACUCCCGCCUAUCUGUUGCCAUGUUGAGAUCAUGAAUGUAACUUAAUGUUGUUUACUGGAUGUGGCUGUGCCGCUGCUUCUGCUUUACAUGUGGUUGAGAUAAUCAGAUAACGGUAAGAUACCAUCAGGUUAUAGCUCAGUUGGUCUGUACCCUGUAGCAAUAAGGAGUUGUUAGUUUCUAACCAGCUUGUAAGUUGUAACAAUACCCUAUUUUUUUGGGACCUAUGUGCUGAUGAAUGUAGACGACGUCAUGCUGCUGUUGUUCA